AUGUCCAGCAACUGCUGCUAUCUCUGCACAGAAUGUCCAAACUCGUACGCGACUUUCGAUGAGCUGGAGUUGCACAUGCACGACCACAAAAAGGCACAGUUAGACAUGCAGGGCCGCAUCGAGGACCAUGACUUGUUGGAAGUGGAUCGACAUUCGCCGAGUAGUUCUGAUCUGACCGAUGGAAUGUUGUCGCAUGACAUCGAAGAUGACCAGAUGGAUCACUCAAUGAUCGACGACUCCAUGCUCGAUCAAUCGAUCGAUUCCAUUGAGGACCUAAAACCAGGUUACCAGUGCAGAUUCUGUCCGACGCGUUUUGACGAACGACAACAGUUGAAUCUGCACUACACCACGUCCCAUAAGGACAAACCGCAAUACGAGUGUGAUGUGUGCCAUACCAUUUUUGCUGUGAAGAGAGAGCUGUCCACUCACAUGAGGACACACAGUGGCGAACAGCCACAUACGUGCACCCAAUGUGGCAAGGAGUUCGGUACGAGGCAACUGCUAAAAAAGCACUGGAUGUGGCAUACUGGAGAGCGUUCACAUGUAUGCAAACAUUGCAAUAAGGCAUUCUUUCAGAAGGGACAUCUGACGCAGCAUCUCAUGAUCCACUCGGGUGGUCGACCUCAUCAGUGCAACCUGUGUCAGAAGACGUUCAUUUUCAAGUUCGACCUGAAUCGACACAUGAAAAUCCACGCAGAACGCGGCUACUCGUGUAGACAGUGCGGUCGAUCUUUCACUCGACAGCAAUCACUAGACGAACACGCACUCAAGUGCAAGGCGAAGAGCUCUGGUGUGGCUACGCCUCCAAUGAAAAUCGAACAACCAUCUCCUGUGUUCCCGUUAAUUUCUCAGCCACUUCUCAAUUUUAACCAGGAAAACGUUGCCAAGAUGGCUCAGUCGCUGAUUGCGCAGCAACAGCAGCGAGCACUGGCUGCGUUAAUUGCCCGCCAGCAGGCUGCCCAGCUACCAGUGCAGCCAGCUGCUGCACCUCCGCAACCUGCGCCAUCCAUGAUGCCCUCUCUUUUCUGUGCACUCUGCAGUAAAGCAUUCCCGAAUCAGCCAGCGUUUGCUGUGCACAUGUACAUGUGUCAUAUUCAAGGGAACAGUGUUUCUGUGAUUGGCGAAGAGACGAAAAUGCCUGUUCUGGCACCAGUGAAUCCCAUUAAAACUGAACAGGAGGACGCUCAUAUCAAUGUGCUCAGCUCCACUGCAACUAAUUCGUCCUGUUCGUCGAGCCCUCAAGAAACCACAUCAACGGUGUUCACCGCUACCUCACCGAGCACAACGGAAGAGGUUGGAGCAUCUCCACUCAACGAAUCGUUACAUUCUCCUCCUUCUGCCCAGACAGAAAUCCAAGCUAAGUCUUGUACUUCAUGUCGGCUACAUGCUGUACGAUCAAGCGAGCUGGAGGCUGCGUUACUGGCGAAAGGGCAUGAGCUAGAAAAGUUCAAGGAGAUGAUGCGAGCGGUGGUAACAACCACUGGCCAACUUCUCAACCAAUGUUCUCCGGACAAUGUGUUCAUAGCGCACACAAAAAAUAUCUUCGCCCAAUUGCAGAACAGCAUUUGCUCGUCGGAAUAA